UAACCGGUGUGCCUGGCUCGCUGGCAGCCCCGCGUUUGGCGCCAUGGCCCGGCUGGCCGCUCUGGCGCUACUGCUGCUCCCGGCGCUACUGCUGCUCCCGGCGCAGGUGAACACUGUGACCGACUUGGUCUCCACACAGAGCCUGGUGCCCCCUGGCCGCGAGUCCUGCGGGCCUGGCGAGUACUGGGCUGCCGGCCACUGCUGCGAGCUCUGCAAGGCCGGCUGGUACGUCCGUGAGCACUGCAGGAUCCCCCACACCCUGGGAAAGUGUAUGGAGUGUGACAGAGGGACCUUUACGGCACACCCCAACGGCAUGGAUUCCUGCCAACUUUGCUCCACCUGCUCUAACGGUGAAAAAGUGUUGGAGAAUUGCACUUCGACCAGAGACCGGGUAUGCCAGUGCCCAUCGGGCCAUUUCUACCGGGUCCCGGAGGCCUUGGAAUUCUGCACUCCAUGCAGCAAGUGUCCCAGAGGGAGCGUGGUCCUCCAGAACUGCACCCGGGUGGCAGACACAGUGUGCGGCUUGGCUGGUCCAACCAGCAGACAUCAUUGGUGUGUGAUCGGAAGCUUUCUACUUUUCCUGGUUAUUGUGAUCAUCAUCUUUUGUUAUGCUCUAAAACGAGAAGACAAAGGAUUCCGGAUUCCGUGCCAUCAUCUCCCUGACGGAGACAGUGAUGGAGGAGAGCACGUGUUGCCGGAUGAAUCAGUCUCCAGCACACAAUCGAAUGAGAACCAAGACGCAGAGUCUCCAGUCCCCACGACGGAGAACUCCAGCCUGUCUAAAGACAGCCUAGACAUGGUGUCGGAGGCCCCGGGCGCCCCCAGGGCCCCGGCAAGCCCGGUCAGUGUCCAUGGUCCACAGGUUGCAACAGGGAAAGAAGUUGGGCCCCAGAGCAGUCACCAGGACCCGGCCCUUCUGUGUUCCCCGGGGCGGAGGGUCAGACUGAGAUCCUGGUGAAUCUGGAACAGCUAG